AUGAAAGGAAGAGUCAUCGCUCUUACAAACCUUAACAAUCUCGACCUAAACAACUUCUUGGUCGAUCCAAACUUCGACCAGUUCAUAACUCUCAUCCGAGGAGAUGAUCAAACCAACUCCAAUGUGGCUGAAUCGUUCCGUAGCUUCGAGGAUGAGAGUGUUGUUAGAGCAGGCGGCGGAGACGAUUACAACGACGGCGAUGAUUCUUCAGCCACCACGACGAAUAAUGAUGGAAGCCGUAAGAAGAAGAUGGAUCGGUCGAAAACUUUGAUCUCCGAGAGAAGAAGUAGAAGUCGGAUGAAGGAUAAGCUCUACGCUAUGAGAGCUCUUGUUCCUAACAUUACUAAGAUGGAUAAAGUAUCCAUUGUGGGAGAUGCAGUGUCGUUCGUUCAAGAAAUGCAAUCACAAGCCAAGAAACUCAAAGCUGAUAUCGCUGCCCUUGAAGCUUCUUUAAAUUCCACUGCAGGGUACCAAGAACCUGCACUAGAUGCUAAAAAGCCUCAAACUUAUCGAAGUAUUAAUCCACAUGUUUCCAAGAAAAUCAAUCAGAUGGAUGUUAUUCAAGUAAAGGAGAAAGCGUUUUAUGUGAGAUUGGUGUGUAAUAAAGGAGAGGAUAUUGCUCCAUCACUCUACAAGUCUUUGGAGUCUCUUACAAGUUUCCAAGUGCAAAACCCAAACCUAA